AUGGCAGAAAGUGAUAAAUUUAAUUCAGUUAUAAAAAGCUCCGCCGAUGCUGUUCCUGGGCGCAGAGAACAAAUAUUAUGUCAGCCAUGUCCAAGAAAGGAUUUAGAAAGAACGACUGAUGCGUUUUGUUCAGGGUGUGACGAAUUUCAGUGCAGUGAAUGUUCAAAGGCGCAUACAGUUUAUGCCCUAAUGAAAAAUCACAAGUUAGUGAACGCAGCUAAAAUGAAAUUGAAACCAGUUUCUUUUGAUAUUAAAGGAAUGGACAUCUGUGAGAAGCACGGAAAAAUACUGGAAUUUUUCUGCGGAGACGAGAACCAGCUCUGCUGCAGCUCAUGUGCUAUAGUAAAUCACAGGAGUUGUCGUAGUGUCGUAGAAGUAUCGGAGAUUGCCGAAAAGUCACGAUCAGCUGGUUUCCCUUUAAAGAGAAAAUUAGAAGAAGUAAAAUCAAAGGCAGAGAAGGUCGUUAAUCACAUAGAAUCAUCUAAAGAACAACUUAAUCUAGAUAUAAAAACAAUAUUCGCGGAAAUAAAAAGAAUGCGAGAUGAUGUAAUCAAAAUGUUUGACGAGUUGGAAGUUGACGUUAAGAGAAAGACUGACGAAUUUCGGAGAGAAGUAAUCAAUAAACUGACAAAGAAGCAAUCCGGCUAUGAGAAACAUAUAGCUGAUGUUACAAAGUCGCUGGAAAUUGUUGAUACAGCAUCGCAGAAUGGGACACCAUCCCAGCAGUUUAUAGUAGAACAGACAGUGAAAAAACAGGUCAAUGUACUUGACAGGGGCGUGGACAGUGUUUGUCAAAAUUUAGAGAUUGCUACCGUUUCCUUUGAAUUUGAUGAAACAUUAAAGUUGCCACCACUUCCUUUUUUUGAUAACGUUCCAGGAAAGCUUACAUUAAUUUACACCCUGCCUGAAGCUAAGAAAUCUGUCACACCUGUAAACCCGGUUGUUAAAUUAACGAAGAUUACUUCCAUGGAUUUGAAGCAGACUAGAGAUGAUGACGAGAAACCGUUAUACUCAGGACUGGAUUUCCUGCCGGAUGGUAGACUGGUAGCUGUGGAUAAUCUCAACAAGAAAUGCUUGAUUUACAAUGAGAAGCUUGAGAAGAUAGGAUCACAUCAAUUAUCGUACACACCACUGAGUGUUGUUGCUGUAUCUGAGGAGGAAGUGGCGAUAACAAGUGGAAAGCAUUGCAAGAUAGACUUUCUACGUGUCGGUAAAUCUAAUGACAUUACUUUGAUCAGGACAUGUAAAGUUAAGACAGAGUAUUAUUCUAUAUGUAUGAAAGAUGAUAAACACUUUGUUGUUGGUACUAUCAAUGAUACAAGGCCUGUUCGUAUUGUAUCUCUGUCAGGAGAAGAGAAAGAUUUCAGUAUCGACUUUCCAAACAAGAAAUAUCCUAUAGGGGCUAGUGCUUGUAAAUACAUAAGAAAUAGUGGACAAGUAAUUCUUACCGAUAAAAACGGGCAUACUGUCUACAUAUAUGACACCAAGAACAACACCAGAGUUGUUGUCAAGGAUGACCAGAUCAACGAACCAGAUGGCAUAGCAGUAGGUCCAUCCGACUGUAUCCUGGUUUGCAGUAGGAAAUCAAACUCCAUUGUACAGAUCUCUCAAACAGGUCGGAUCCUAUCAUCGUACAAGUUAGAUAUGAAACUUCCACGAAGAGUAAAUAGACUUAAUGGAUUGUUUUUCAAAUUGCUCGGUACCUGUUGGACAACACGUCAACCAGACAUCUUCUUUGGAAAUAAACCCAACACUUCUCGAGGUGUAUAA